AUGGCCCAAGUACGAUUGGAGGAGGAUAAGCGGGAUCAUGAUGACAAGUAUUACCGGCCAAACAGGAAGAUCUUGACAACCAAGACCAGGGACUACAGACCAUACUCAAGGGACGCCAGAGACGUGAAGGAGGAGCCACGCGUCAACUCGACCCAGGAACAGACAGAUUGGAGGAAGGAUCCCAAUCUUCCCCCAACUUAUGACAGUUAUGGAUUCACGAUCACACCAACGGAGAUGAUGAGGGAGUUCACUAAGAUGGGAGAUACGGUCAAGUGGCCGGUUAAGAGCAACAAACCAAAAGCUAACCCUGAGUCGAAGUUGUGGUGUGAUUAUCAUGGCGACUAUGGACACAAAGCCUCCGACUGUGUUGCGUUGCGACGUGAACUCCAAUACCUGGUCCGCAAGGGAUACUUGACAGAAUUCAUGGCCGGCAAGACGACGGGUGUCAUACGCGACUCCCCACACAAGACCCCUUCAAAGCAACUGCCACCACCACCAUACCACAAGAUCAUAAACUUCAUAGCUGGAGGUAGUGAGAUUAGUGGAACUACAUACUCACAGGCAAAACGUGUGGCUAGGGGAAAAGCUCCACAGAUGAUGGUGGUUGCUGAAAAGAAUGACACGACACCUGCACUUGUAUUUGGCGACCCUGACAGACGACAUGUAAUGGAGCCUCAACAUGACAGCCUGGUGAUAUCGCUACCCGUCGGUAACUGCUUCAUCAAGCGGAUCAUGGUGGACAACGGCAGUGCUGCCAACAUAAUGAUGAAGGACACAUUACGACAAAUGGCCCUUGAAGACAGUGACAUGAUCAAGAAACCAACCACUCUAGUGGGAUUCAGUGGCGAGACAAAGAGAACCAUUGGCGAAAUCACACUGCCUACGUAUGUCAAAGGCGUCAACAUAUUGACCAAGUUUCUGGUCAUAGAUUGCGACUCAACAUACAAUAAUCAUGGGCAGGCCUUGGAUUCAUGA